AUGCGACUACAUGGCUUCUACUGUAACUCUUCCACCUGCCAACAACACCCCUCCACCCGAGGAAAUAUCCAAUCUUGCGCAGAUAUGUUACUUUGGAGAUCUUGAUGUCAAUGACGUCAACGAGACUUUUCGCAACGCCCUCGAAGCAUUCAAGCAGAAAGGCCACCCUUUGUGUGAGCUUUGGCCUGUCCUUCUCUCCGCUGUGCAGUCCGCUCGACCCGAAAUCAUCAAGCUUCUUCUAUCUGAAGGAUUGGUGAUGAAUGAGAUGUAUAUCCGGCAAGCAAUCGAAACUAGGUCGAAGGAAGUCUUUCAGGCAUUUAUCGAGAGCGGAUGGGAUGUGAACAUGAUAUGGGACAAUCUCCACCCUCCGGUACUUGCGUGCUUUGUUGACGACCCGGAAUUUAUCCAAUGGUUCCUCGAUCGAGGGGCAAAUCCCGAUGCUGGAUGUUAUUUGGACCUGACUCCAUUGUCCUUCGCCGUUCGUCGUGCUCGCCCCUCAAAUAUCAACAUCCUGCUUGACCGAGGUAGCAUCGAAAAGGGACAAUUAGUACAUCACGCCGUCGAGCGAAGUCAGGACUCCAUCGAAGUUUUGCAGAUGCUGCUCUCUAGGGGCGCAUCGCUCAACAAGAUACAAUACUCGGAGCAUCUGAACUCUUGGAAUCAUGAGCACUUCAAAGGCCUGGGUACUCCAUUGCACAGAGCGGUUGAGCUGAAAAAGGUCGAUGUAAUCCAGUAUCUGGUUCAGAUGGGGGCAGAUCGAAACAUUAAAGACACAAAAGGCCGGACAGCUUUAGAUAUCGCAAGCGACAUGGGGGAUGCAGAUCUGGUCCGUCUCCUUGAAUCUUCGUGCUGCCUUGCGCUGAAAUGAUUUCCAGUCGGGAAACAUGCAAUACUCCACAGAGAGGUGACGGCGAUGCUGUGGGACCGAGGGCUUGUGUUUAAUAGCCGGCAAUGAAAUUAAUUAGCAAAAGAUGCAAGUGCUGAGUCACGUUCAGGCAACGCGACUUACUCUGCCUUGCACCCGGGUAUCGAAAUGGA